AUGCGUCUUCGAGAUGAGCAUUGGGUGGAGGAAGCACGCGUCUUCCCGGAACUGGAGGGUGACCUCGAGCAAACCUGGAGCCACGGGGGGCGGGGGGGCGGGGGGGUGGGAGUCACUAACGGCCAGUGCGCCCAGAUCACGCCGGGCCUGAAAGCAGACCCCCGCCGCGUCUACGUAGCUCGCAGUUACCGGGAUCCGCGCAGGAGGCGCCGGCGACGCGCGGGCGCCCACCUGGCGGCGGGGCGGCGCGCCCCAGGGCGGCGAGUGCGCGCGCGCGGCCGGCGCGCUGUCCCUUUAAACGGCCCGCGGCGCCUCCCCCGCGCGCCCCGCCCGCCGCGGUGCGGCCCGGUGCUGGGCGCGGCCGGAGAAAGUCCAUGUGAGCCGGAGCGCCGGGCCGCCGGAGCACUUCCUGCUGCAGGCCGGACCGGGCCGGCGCCCGCAGGUACCCCAACUUCGCGCCGCCCACGGGUCCCACCGCCGCACUUCCCGCGAACUCCGCGGCGCGCCCGCCCUCGCCUGCCGCAGUGCCCAAGUUCGCGCCGCGCGCCGCCCGCGGAGCUGGCCGGCGGCGCCCGGGCCUGGGGAGGCGCUCGCCCGGGCCGGGCCGCGCCCCGCCCCGCCGAGCGGGCACCCGGGCUCCGAGCGUCUCCUCUCCUGCCGGGUUUCUCGGGGCGCUCGGGACACUCGGUCUCCCCCGACCGGACGGACGGAGCCCAGCCCUCUGGGUUUGCCCUGAUGACAAAGGACGCGGUUCUCCUGGUCUCGGCACAGGUGCUUCUCAGCGUUUCGUGCGGGGUGUCGUCUAAGCCCCCCACAGACCCCAGGAGAGGCCUCUCCGAAUGCCUCAUCUGCAUCCAGCGCAUCCAGCACGCUUUCCCAGGCACCCCCUUGGUCCUCCCCGAGGUGAGCAGUCUGGCCCUCGGGUACUUCCAGGCCCUGGCCUCGGUCCUCUCUGCAUCCCUGUGGGUGACCGGCCGCUCCGUCCACGCAGGCCCUGCCCCUGCUGCCCCCAUCAGGGGGACCGAGUGUGGCCGUGUGCUCAGACCUGUGUCCACGCCAGGACCGGCUCACACGUGGCGGGAGGGUGUGCCGUGGCCGCAGUCGGGCUGUGGGUGUGCAGGGGUCAAGGAUGAGCUCGCCUUCCUGGACUGGGUCCCCGAGUCCAGGUGCUGGCCCAGCGGCCCCAGCUCGGUCCCGGUCCCAGUGCAGGUGACUGCCUGGCCGGGCGAGGGCCUGAGGGCCCGGGAGGCUGCCGUGCAGUUUUGCGCUGGGCCCUUCUUCACAUUCCCACUCCAGCCGUCACCGAAUGGCCCCGGUGGCUCCCACGCCUGGGCCCUUUACAGCCAGAGGGUCACCGUGGAGGUCCUGUCCCAGGCAGCUGUCAGAGCCCAGGCCAGUUUUGCAGAAUGCCCCCGGUCUGGGCACGUCUCGGACAGCGGUGCUGCGGCCGUGCCACUGUCCUGCCGGCUGGAGGUGGCCCGUGGGCUCUGCGAGGAUGACGUAGGAGGUGUACCUAAGCCUGGCCCCCUCCUGCCCACGAUGAGCCCUGGGGAGAAGGUGCUGCCCUGGUGGGCUGUGGUCGGGCAAAGACAGCCAGAUCUCCCGGGCAGCAGCAGCUACCUGGGCCAGGUGCACCCGGGUGGACGGAGCUGGAUAGACAAACAGGUGACCGGUGGGGACAGACAGGACCCCGUCAUCCUCCCUACGGAGUCUCCCCACUCGCUGCCGCCCCCUCGGGGUGCCCGGGACGGCGUGGCUGAGACCAGCCUAGUGGUCCCGGUAGAGCCUCUCCAUCCGGCCUUGCCCGACCUGGUGGCGUCGGGGCCGGGGGCCCGGGUGGUCUUGCUGGAGCAGGUGCUGCAGGGGCUCCGCCCUCCCUUCUACCGCCAGCCUCUCCUGCAGGCUGGGCUCCCAGGUGACGCCUCCACGGCCAGGUCCCCGCGAGGAUCCGCCUCGUGCUGUGUAGAGCUGGGGAAGCAUCUGAGUGAGGCGACAGGGCCCUCGCUGUGGUCCCAGUGGCUGGGCGGGACCCGUGACCCACUUCAGUGUGCCUGGCGUGUCGGGAGCACCGCCCACCCCACCAGGCAGCAGGAGACCGCCCAGCGUCUGGCGGGAUACGAGGGUGUGGCUGACGGCUUCCCCCACCUCCCGGGCGGAGCGAUCUGGCUGUUUGUCCUCUGUCCUGAUCGCAUCUUUGAGGCCUUGAGCCUACAGGACGGCCCUCGACCUUGGAGGCCAGGAGGCCUGGGCCUGACCCUGGGGGGGACCGCGUGUGAGGCCUUUCAACUUCUCACCUCAGCCAACCAGCUUGUCCUGGGGGGCCUGGCCCCUCCCGGGGUGCCCACGGAGGCCCCCGCACCCCGUUCCCGGCUUUCAGGGGGCCUGGCACGCCUGAGCCGGGCAGCCUUGCUUCAAACAGCCGCCCGGACCUCCGAAGGGUCAACCCCCAGGCCGCUUCCCCCUUCCCCCUCGGAGGAGCAGAGCUCGCAGCCAAGCCAGAGCAUCGGUGGGGGACUGCAGGACGCGGCCCUGGGGGAUGUGGCCGCUGGGGCCUGGCCCCCAAACUCCGGAGUGCCCUGCCUUUUAGGAGGUGGCCUUGCUGCCAGGCCCGCUUCUGCCGAGGUCCUGAGAUGGCAGGGCUUGGCGGCCGGGCAGUGGGGCUGCCACGGGGAUGGGCCCCCGGCUGGGUGCGAGGUGCUGGGGCUCCUCUCGCCCUCCCCACCCCAAGGGCUCCCGCUCCGUUUGCUGCAUUCCCGGAGCAGCUGGCGGCUGCGGGCGGCCGGCGUGCGGGCGAGCCUGCCCCUGCCAGGCUGCGCGGGCAGUGCCGGGGCCACGGCGGCAGCGGCCAAAGCGGGGGCACUGCGGGCCCUCCCCCCGAGCGGCCGCCCACCUGCUCAACUCCUGUCGGCGGCCGGGCCGGCGCUCCGCCCUCCUUCCGCGGCCGCCCGGCGCCUCUGUGGCCGCCUGCACUUUCCUCCCGCGGGACCGAGCGGCCCUUUGUACGGGCGCCGGCUGCGCGGAGUUGGGCCGGCGCCUCCUCCGGCCCGUCCGUCCCGGCCCCGCUUCUCUGAGUCGGACACCGGAUCCGCAGCCCGGGAGCCCCGUCCCCAGACCCCGCGGGCCGGCAGCCUCCCCACAGCGGCCGGUCCCUUGCUCGGCCCUCCCCUGUCUCCCCACGACCCCUUUAGUCACCUGGGCUGGGAGCGAGCGGGCAGGGAUCGGCCGGCGUCGGGAGUGGGGGGCCGGGAGGGCGCGCAGGUGGGGCUGCGACGGGCUCCCGGCUCCUGGACCGGCAGCCGGGUCCCCGAGGCAGCUCGGGCUGGGCGAGCGGGCGCGGCUCGGAGCCCCUCUGGCCCGAGGUCUCCUUUGCCUGGAGGGCGAGCAGAGGUGGCGGAGAGGCUGAGUUCUCCCAGCUUCAGCUCACUUCCCCGGGCAACCACUCCUGCCCGCCUCUCCUGA